CUCUCUUUCCCUCUCCAUUUCUCACCUUCUCUCUCUCUCUCCCUCCCUCUUUCUCUCUCCCCCUCCCCUCUCUCGCAGCCAGCGGUUCUCCCAUGUCCCCGCCGGCUGGCAGCUGUAACCCACCGAGGUGUGCACGCGGACUACACUUAGAAAAAGUGUCGUAACUUACUUAUCUUUGUUUUGUUUUGUUGCGCAGAUCUUGUUCUGCCGCCGUAUCUAUCGCAGGUGGGCCUGAUUGUCCAAGAUUGUCAUUAUCUAGAGACAAAUAAAGCCGCUGUUUUAUCCUAAAAAAAUAAAUAUCACAAAAGAGGUAUCUUUCACAUAAUUAUUUUGUACGCAGUUAUCAAUUCAAAGUGUUCUGUAUGAAUAACACUUUAAAAAAAAUCACUUGUUUGGAAAUCUAUUACCAAAAGUAAAAUUUCUGCCACUUUCAGUUUAAAAAAAUGCAAGCCGAAAUCCCCUGACGUCUGUUUUGAAGGAUACAGUCUAUUUCUGAUACUUUAACAUGUGGUCCAUCGGGCAAAGAAUUGUGUCAAUGUAUUACAGAAAGGACGACUUAUGACAGAUACACCUUCCACGACUGGGCAUGACAUAAUAUGCUAACCGACCGUCUUCUCUUUCAUUCUGAUUCUCAGUAAAAAGAAACUUGGACUUUUCUCGUUUCGGACGGACCUUCUUGGGAAUGCUUCUAUCAAUAACGGUACCACACUAACAAUGCGAUUCGUACUUCAGAGAGAGUUGGACGGCUGGGGUUUAGUUCUAAGAGUGUGAGGAUUUCUUCUUCGCAGAUGUUCGGAUUUGUAUGCAUGCGGUUCUCGCUUUUGUUGUAACAGAUUCUGUGGAUCCGUCCGUGAGGAUGACCAGUGGCACUGACUGUGGGGGUCAGUUUAUGAGGAUACGCGUCUGGAUAUGAGGGAUGCGUUCAGAUGACAGGGUAUAAGAAAGGAACCUUCAACUGUGAAACUGCCCAAGAUCCAACCUUCAAAACAGAAAGGUCAAAACAAAUGGAUUUUGACAGAAAAGUGUACAUUAUAUCCAUGUAGCUGUAAAAAAUAGGAUGCAUUCCAUAUCGAAUAAGUGAAUUCCAAUGUAAGUUUUGCGUCUGUAUCACUCAAACAACAAUCUAGAACAAACAGGAGAAACUCGAAUUGGAACCACUUUGGCGCUCAAGUUCUCUGUGCCAUGAUGCAAAACGCGGAAAAAUCCGAAAGCUGGGAUCUUCAAAGAUAUUAAGUGCAUUAAAUUCUCUGAUCUUUUUCCAGUUCGACUACGAUUUACUUUCGUUUGAAUUUGAAUAAUUAUGCGUCAAUUCAAUUCAAGUCACUAUUUAAUUUGCCUUUAGCAUUUGGACUUUGUUUAUUAACUUUGUGCUUACAAUUUUACUGCAAUAAAGGAGGUGACAGAUAAUCGGGCAGGAUGGAGGACGCUGUUAAUACGUUGUGUGUGUUAGUAAUCAAAGCUCUCUUGUCGUAACACGAACCGACGUGGAUGUUUUUGAAAGUACUGUACAAGCUUUUGGAGGACAGUUUGUGUGUUCCGGGACUAAGAGUGAAGCUUAAAUUUGUGAACUCGUUGAGUGAAAUUCUCCACUGUUUGGAAGCAGCAUUUCCCCCCCUGAACUAGUGGCUAUGCUUUUGGUUUUAGUAUCCAAAGACGUUAGUUCUAUUCCCGAGAGGGGCAGUCUAUCUCCUUUAAUAUCUUCUUUUUGAUAAAAGAAGAAGAAGAAAAACAGCGACAGCAACAACAACAACAACAAGAAUAACAACAACAACAGCAACAACAAAAGGCUUAGCUGAGAGUAACAGACUUGCAAGUCUGAGGGGUAGGAAGAGAUUUCACUGACAUACAUUCACAUCACGACUCGGAAAGACGCACCUAUCGGGUAAGCCUUUUAUACGUAUACCCCUCGUGGGGAUAAAAUAUCGCAAACAGUUACUCGUUACAGACACAAAUACCACGUGGAAGAAAUAUACCACGAACAGUCUACCAUUACUAUUAUAUCACAUCUCGGUGAGGAAACUACUGCCUUUAGUUAACCCUUACAUACGCAAUCAUUACGAAAAACAAAACAAAAAAACAACAACCCCUUAUAUGAACAUACAUAACGGAGAGAAAAAAUAAAACUACUGUUUGUUAACUUCCAUUUGCUUAGACAUCACGAAGAAGAAAACGCUACUAUCAGUUGACCCUUAUACGCGUAACAACAACUGCCGACAGUUAAUCAGUCAUUCGCCAUGCCACCUGCAGCUAAAGCGUAUCAAACUCUGACCUUGACCUUCACCUUGACUGUGUUGUGUACCCUGACCUUCCAGCCGGCCCUGCCCGCCUCCACCAGCGUGCACGCCGACGAGUAUGACGUGGACCCCAGCUUCACCAUCUUCACUUACCACGUGCCGGACGACGAGGACAUGAACAGCACCUGGGAUGACGUCUUCGGGGUCACCGGCGGUCCCAUUGACCCUUACCUGGGCUACGACCUUGGAGGGGACGCUGGUGGCGACGUCAUACACAGGGAGGGCUCUCCGCCCAGUGGGGGUUCACAGGGGUCUUCCGCCGUCUUGACUCCUGACACGGAAGUCGAUAUGGUAGAACUGUUUCUGGAGAUGGUGGAGGAAUACGAGGAGAGUAAAGCAAAGUGUAAACCUGGCACCCAGCAUAAUUUAGGCUCAGGAGUCAUCAAACAAUACGGUCUUAACCGAUUCAAGGCGCAAGCUUUAGUCGCUGUAAACCGCGCCAACUUACUCACGCGCAUUUGGAAAAAUCCGACAAAAGGUAUCGUGGACUCGGAAUACCUUUUCUAUUCGCAAGUCCGGAAUAUUGUGGAGGGUGAUCCGGAAAUAUUCGCCGCUGGGAACUGUUAUGAUCAUCUUCAGUUCCAGGACUACUACCUGUUCUGUCCGUACGCACAUCGCAUGGAGGAUGGAAGGAUCAACGUGAAGGAUUUGUCCUUGGAGUACGACUAUCUGGGCAACACAUCAGAGUUUUUCUUCAGUGCCCGGAUGCACACGAGACACCAAGAGAACUUCAACUUCAGCAUUGGUAAGUGCAACAGAUACUUAUUGGUUGUUUGUUUUGCGGGAGGACUCAAAGAGUUCACAUUCUUACCUGCCAAUAUAGCGUCUGCGGAGGUUUGA